AUGACCAAGCCCAGUAUCCUUGAACUCCCACCGGGAGUUCAGCUCAUCUACCUCGCGGAGGGAGGAGCCAAUGUGAUCUACCGCUUCGCCACAGCGGGAACUACAUUGAAAAAAGACCCGAAAAGGCCACUAUCCGCGGUAAUUGACCGGCCAGACCAAACCUGCACCCUCCCAGCGCACCUCAAAGGAAAAUUACUCCGACUGCGCAAAGAAACAACAGCCGAUAUCUCCUACAAAGAGAUCGUCCGCAAUUUCGACACUAUCAUCCGACCGCUCUUCUCCCCUGAGGAAUUAGUCGAUCAAACCCUCGUCCAACUCCCGGACGGUCUCCUCGCCCGUUGCAACGAGCGUCUCCGCGCAGAUGAAGUAGCCGGUUCGCGCCCGAAGAAGCGCCACGGAGGCUAUCUCUGUCUGAGUGAACCGUUCGGUUUGCUCAUUACUGAUAUGACGACUGAAGGUGAACCCGGCGCGACUUUGGCCGAACUCAAACCUAAAUGGCUGAACCAAUCGCCCUCUGCGCCGGCCGCGGCGCGUAGGUGUCGAACGUGCGCGCUGCGCGAGAUGAAAAAUCGCGAGUCUUUAUUUCUGGGACACAAAGAGCAGCGGUCGUUUUGUCCGCUGGAUUUGGUGUCUGAGAAGUUUGAGAAUGUAUUGCGAGCUACCAGGUUGAUUAAGGGCUGUAAGGAUGGACCGCGGUUGGCUCGCAUUUUGUAUCGCAAUUCAACGUUGCGGAGGUUGCAGUCGCUGCAGAAGAUUGAGGGUGAUGUUGGGCUGCAAGGGCCUGUGGCAAAGUCGAGGGAGAUGUCGCUUGCUAUGACCCUAAGGGACUGUACGAUGUUUAUCAAAAUACCCCAUGACGAAAAGCGUCCUGUGGAAAUCCGCCUCGGCGACCUCGAUCUCAAGACUGGGGCCGGUGGAAAGGCUGGAUAUUGGCGAUCCCUGGAGACCCAGUUGAUCGAUCAGGGCUGGUAUCAUGGAUGCAAUAGCAACCAGGAUCCGAGUGAGUGCGCUUUGCUUGGUUCACAAAGACCUCCAUAUUCCCCUUCAACAUGA